AUGUCCCAAGGGACGAUAAGUACUCUGGCAUUCACAACAAGUUUCCGACCCUCCACCGAGACCGAGGCAACUACCACUACGACCACGUCUACUUCUGAACUUUAUCCCUCGACAAGUACUUCGGAGAUUAUUUCACCAACUGCCUCCGAUUCAACAACAACAACAACGCCUGACAGCACCGCGACCCCUAUAACUUCUUCAACUACGUCAGAACCUUAUACUCCACUCUCUUCGUCAACAAUAACAACAACGACCGCCUCGUCGUCGACUACCACUUCCUAUUCGACCACUACCAGUUGGACAUACACCCUUCCGACAACUAUCCCGCCAACACCUACACCAUCUAAUGACUCAGACGCACUCUCGACCGGAGCCAUCGUCGCGAUUGUAGUCGCUAGUGUCGUCGGUAUCGUUGCUCUAGUCCUCAGCACUUUUCUAAUCGUGCGCCGUCGAAGACGCAACUCUGUGUACUAUCAGAACACACCUCCAAUGCAGGAGACUCGUACCAACAACUAUGGCGGUGUUGGAGGAGGAGGAGGAGGAGGUCAAGUCAAUAAUAACACCAAUGGCGCAGGACUGGGCAUCACCAGCAGUAACACCAAUCCACCAUAUGGAGGAAACGACCAUGGGAUGUCGCAUGAUCAGAUGAACGCCUCACCGCUGGGCAAUGGUGGCGGUUUCUCGAGUCAAUCGACUGGAUUUGGUUACGACAACGGUGUCAUUCCUGGAACAGCACUUGGCGCAGGAAUGUAUGGGUAUGAUGACGACUAUCAUUACCAGCAGCAAGCUGUGCAUCAACAUACGACCCAGCAACCUUUCUACCCUUUAAACAACAAUCAGCCGCUCAGCUACACGCCACCCACAGAGCCGGAUAUUGCACCGGAGGAUCGAUAUAAUCCCGCGUAUGGUUCUCGACGGGAACAGGAGGCUGCUUAUAUGGACUCUCAGCAGCAACAACUCUACUUGCAAAGCCAGCAACAAUUACAGCAACAGCAACAGUUACAGCAUCAGCAACAACAGCAACGGCAAAGGCAGCAACAGUAUUUAGCAGGUCAACUACCAAUGUCGGAGCCCGUCAUCCCACCAAAAACAAACGAAACAUUCGACACGCGACCUACAGGGAUUGGCGACGGCAGUCAGGAGAGAUACUGCCCCGACAACCGCUUCUCAGUCAACAGUCAGACGUACCUCGAACAACUGCGACAAAGCUAUCCACCUGCAACGAUUGACCAAGAGCUCAUGGGAAUUCCCUCUGCAGAUGGUAGCGCUGGGAAUGAUAUUAUAAAUAACAACGGAAGGACUGUGAGUCCUGGUCUAGUUUUCCCUCCUCUUCCUGCGCCUGUUCCUGUCCCGCUGAUCUCAUCUCAUGUCGGAGCUGGGAGCGCAGGCAACAUGAUGGGCUCUGAAGACUAUGCCUACCCAGAAAGCGAUGCCCGUCGUGUCCUGCCAAACGAUCGCCGGCCCAGUUCUUCCAGACCUAUAUCGUCAUCGACCGUAGUCACCCCCGCGGUAACAGUUCAAGCCGAUGUCCAGGACCGGGGCCAGCAUGUCGUCGACAAUGACGCCACUGCUGUUGCCAAUUCGACACAAGGCGAGCUCACGCCUCCUCAGCGAUUCACGGAGGGAGAAAGAGGCAGUGCGACAGAGGGCAACAGCAACAACAGUGAUAAUGUUGGAUCACCAAAACGGUCAAGCGUGUUGUCGCAGGCAUCGUCAACGGCGUCGAAUAGUCUGAACACCAAGCGACUUAACUCUCCACAAGUGAUCCCAUCGACUAAUUCUCUACAGUUGGCCCCAUCCCCUAAACGAGGACCUCAGAUGCGGGAUCCAGAGGAGGAGCCGACUGUUACUGUGAUACGCAAGCCAAUGUAG